GGGGUUGGAAAAUUGGGCGGGAUACCCGAAGUCUUGAAGAAUUACUCAUUGAAAAGAAGCCAACAGGCAUCGGAGCUGGACUGUGGAGAAGUUACCGGUAGUUAAACGAACAACUCCGUUAAUUUCCGUUUUUUCUUGCGUGGACGAACAAACAGGGCAGCUGCAAUGUGGAUUCAGGUGCGUACAAUGGAUGGGAAAGAAACCCACCAGGUGGACGCGUUAUCCAAGCUCACCAAGGUGGACGAGCUGCGACUGAAGAUCUCGGAGCUCUUCAAAGUGGAGCCUGAGAAGCAGAGGCUGUUCUACCGCGGCAAGCAGAUGGAGGACGGACACACCAUAUUCGACUAUAACGUGGGCCUUAAUGACAUCGUGCAGUUGCUUAUUAGACAGAAUGCGCCCCCUGCUGAAGCUGCCAAAAACAAGGACAAAGAAGCUGAGCUCUCGGACUCGGACUCUGGCUGUGGCUCAACCCAGAGUGAGUCUGACAAGAACUCAACUCAUGGUGAGACAGAGGUUCAGGCCGCCGGUACUUCUGCCCAAACAAACACAACAGAGCUGACUGAUCCUGGCUUCGGACAUUACAAGAUCAAUGAAAUGGUGGAUGCAAGAGACUUGAAUAUGGGGGCGUGGUUUGAGGCCCAGAUUGUGAAUGUCACCAAGUCCGCCAAGACCCCUAAAGUAGAAGUGGCCGAAGGGGAGACUGCAGAAGAGGAGAUACUGUACCAUAUUAAAUAUGACGACUACCCAGAGAACGGAGUGGUUCAGUUUCUGGGCAAAGAUAUUCGCCCAAGGGCCCGCACCGUGUUCCAGUGGGAGCAGUUGGAGCCUGGUAUGAUCGUUAUGAUCAACUACAACACAGACGAUCCCACGGAGCGUGGCUUCUGGUAUGACGCCGAGAUCCAGAGGAAGAAGGAGACACGCACUGUGCGAGAGAUUUAUGCCAAAAUUCUUCUCGGAGAUGCAGGUGAUUCUCUCAAUGACUGCCGAAUUAUGUUUGUGAAUGAAAUCUACAAAAUAGAGGAGCCUGGUUCUAAAAAUGACACCCCUGCUGGAUCUGAGAGUCCUUUGAAAAGAAUAAAUGGUCCCGAGUGCAAGCGCUGCAAGGACGAUCCCGAUAAAAACUGCCGCUUGUGUAACUGUAGCAUUUGUGGCAUUAAGCAGGAUCCCGACAAACAACUUCUGUGUGAUGAAUGCGACAUGGCCUAUCACACAUACUGCUUGAACCCACCCAUCACCACCAUCCCAGAUGACGAGGACUGGUAUUGCCCAAAUUGCCGCCGUGAUACAAACGAGGUUGUGCUUGCUGGAGAGAAGCUGAAAGAAAGUAAGAAGAAAGCUAAGAUGGCCUCUGCCAGCUCAUCAAGCCAGAGGGACUGGGGCAAGGGAAUGGCUUGUGUUGGUCGAACAAAGCAGUGUACCAUCGUACCAUCAAACCACUAUGGGCCAAUCCCUGGGGUCCCUGUUGGCUCCCUAUGGAAGUUCAGAGUCCAGGUCAGUGAGUCUGGUGUCCACAGGCCACACGUAGCUGGGAUACACGGCAGGAGCAACGACGGUGCCUUUUCUCUCGUCUUGGCAGGAGGCUAUGAGGAUGAUGUGGAUGAUGGAAAUGAGUUCACUUACACUGGUUCUGGAGGGCGAGAUCUGUCUGGGAACAAAAGGACUGCUGAGCAAUCAUGUGACCAGACGCUCACCCACAUGAAUCGUGCCCUUGCCAUCAACUGCAAUGUCCCGGUUAAUGUCAAGAAUGGUGCCCAGGCAAAGAACUGGAAGGAUGGCAAGCCAGUCAGGGUGAUUCGCAGCUGGAAGGGUCGCAAACACAGUAAAUACUCUCCUGAAGAAGGAAACCGAUAUGAUGGCAUAUACAAGAUAGUGAAGUACUGGCCAGAAAAAGGCAAGUCUGGCUUUUUGGUAUGGCGCUUUCUUCUUAAGCGUGAUGACGAGGAGCCGGCGCCAUGGACCAGAGAUGGCAAAGAACGCGUCAAGAAGCUUGGUCUUGUCAUGCAGUAUCCUGCGGGCUAUCAGAAGGAGCAAGAGAACAAAAGUGAAGUGGAAGAGGAGGAGACACCCAGCAAGGCAAAGAGGAAGAGAAAGUCUCAAACCAGCGAAUCCAGCAAAAGCUCACCAGCCAAGAGUCCCAAGAAAAUGAAGGUUGAGGUUUACAAGCUUUCUGGAGAACAGAAGGCAAUCAUCAAGAAUGAUACGCUAAAUAAAAAAGUGUGGAAUGAAGCCAUGGAGUCUCUGUCACUUGGCCCGAGAUUCCUGAACAAGGUUGAAGAAGUGUUCCUCUGCAUUUGCUGCCAAGAAGUGGUCUAUAAACCUGUCACCACCGAGUGCCAACACAAUGUCUGCAAGGAAUGCCUUCAGCGGUCCUUCAAAGCAGAUGUGUACACCUGCCCGGCCUGCAGAAACGACUUGGGCAAAAACUACUCCAUGACUGUCAACAAACCGCUGCAGGAAAUCCUAAAUCAGUUUUUCCCAGGUUACAGCAGUGGCCGAUGAUCACCAGCAGCUCCUCAGACUCAGCAAUGCAAAGUGUAAGGGCAAUUUUCAGUCAGAGGCAAUAAAGAAUCAGUUUUUCUUAAUAUAUUUUUAUGAUUUAUAAAUUGACCGUUUUUGUGGACUUUACUGCAACCAUUUUUCCACAAUGCUUCUUCAUUGAUGUGUAGUUAAAGACAAAUUGAAAAUUUUCCUUUCUUACUGCUUGUACCAUUACGCCAUUGUUACCCUAAAAUGUGAUUUUUUUUUAUUUUUUAUUGUUUUAACCGUUUUUGUUUCCAAUAACCUCAUAAUACCCGCAGAGUAAAGCAGUCAGA